AUGGCGAGUCGCGGGGCUAAAGUGCCGGGCUCAGCUCCCUUCUUCUUCUUGAUACUGCUGUUCGUCGCUUGGAGUUGUGGCUGCGCCCAAGCCGAGGAGGAGAAGGAGGAACAGCGCUCCUGCCACGGCGCCUUCGAUCUCUAUUUCAUCUUGGACAAGUCAGGCAGCGUGAGACAUCACUGGACAGAAAUUUACUCCUUUGUGGAAAGUCUGGCUGAAAAAUUCAUAAGCCCAAUGUUGCGGAUGUCUUUCAUUGUCUUCUCCUCUAAGGGAACAACCAUCAUGAAGUUGACGGAAGACAGAGAAGCAAUACGUCGGGGUCUGGAAGUCCUUCGAUAUGAAGUGCCAGGAGGAGACACAUUCAUGCAUAAAGGAUUUGAAAGGGCAAACGAGCAGAUUUAUCAUGAAAACUAUGGAGGUCUCCAUACUGCUAGUGUCAUCAUUGCCCUGACCGAUGGAGAACUGCAGGAUGAAUACUUUUAUUUUGCAGAGAAAGAAGCAGACAGAGCCAGAGCCUUUGGGGCUAUUGUCUACUGCGUGGGAGUAAAAGAUUUCAACGAGACACAGCUGUCAACGAUUGCUGAUAGCAUUGACCAUGUGUUCCCUGUUACGGGUGGAUUUCAUGCCCUUCGAGGAGUCAUAGACUCUAUCCUGAAGAAAUCCUGCAUUGAAAUCUUAGCAGUGGAGCCUUCUAGUGUGUGUGCAGGAGAGUCCUUCCAAGUGGUGGUGCGAGGCAAUGGCUUCUAUCACGCGCGGAAUAUCGACCAAGUUCUGUGCAGCUUUAAGAUCAAUGAUACCGUUACCAUUAAUGAGAAACCAACGGUUGUGCAAGAUACAUACUUAUUUUGUCCUGCACCAAAGCUAGAUGAGAUUGGACAGGUGGUUUUUCUCCAAGUCAGCAUGAACAAGGGACUCACCUUCAUCUCCAGCUCAGUCAGUAUCACCAGCACCAAAUGUCUCAGUGGAACAAUUCUCUUCAUUGCCCUGUUGGUUCUGUUUUUGUUACUUGCCCUGGCCCUUCUCUGGUGGUUCUGGCCCCUUUGCUGCACAGUGGUGAUUAAGGAACCACCACCCCCUCCACCCCCACCAGCAGACUCAGAUGAAGAAGACGGAUUGCCCAAGAAAAAGUGGCCAACAGUGGAUGCCUCUUAUUAUGGUGGCCGAGGAGUUGGAGGCAUUAAAAGAAUGGAGGUGAGAUGGGGAGACAAAGGCUCAACAGAGGAAGGGGCCAAGCUGGAAAAGCCCAAAAAUGCCGUCAUCAGAUUACCAGAGCAAGAAUUUGAGCCGUGGGAACCUAAACCAAAGAAGCACAGCAGGAAAGAGCUUCCUUCACAGAGAAAAUGGUACACUCCCAUCAAGGGCAAACUGGAUGCUUUGUGGGCAUUGGUUCGACAAGGCUACGAUCAAGUGUCACUUAUGAGACCCCAGCCAGGAGAAAAGGGAAGGUGCAUCAACUUCACCCGAGUAAAAUCCGAUGGCAAACCAACUUCCUUCAAACAGCCACCAAGACCACCCCCCAGCCACGAGAGUGUCCCCCUCAACAAUGCCCCCCGAGGCCCUCCUCCUCCUCCAACGUCUCUCCAGCCUCCUUCCAGGCAGCUGCCUCCUGUUCCCCCUCCUGCACGGCUGCCUCCAGGACCCCCACCAUCCCGCCCACCUCCUCAGCCUGACUUUUAAAGCUCCAGAGGAACCAAGAUUGACAAAACCGAGUUCUUUGCUGAAUUCAACGUAUUUAUUGAGUCUUGGUUUACAGCUAAAAAAUAUUGGAAUUUGUUGCUGGUCAGC